UAACUUGAGAUAUUUGCAGCUCUCUGACUUUACCAACUGUUUUCGAAAAAUAUUACGUGAAAAUCGUAGAAAAAGAUACAGAAAUAUUUUUUAUACUUAAAAAUCCAAAUUUCGAAAACUCAAAAUUAUGUUCAUUAAUUUUUCGCUCCAAUUUAAUCUAUCCAUAAUGUAUACAACAUUCUUGACAUCACGCUGUUUAUUAUUCUUCCCACUCUCCUUGUUGUCAAAUAUUAUUGAUCAGCUGGUGGUCAAGAGGCAGAUUCUUGUCGUUCCGUUCUCUUUGAAGUUCACCGACAUCAAGCCGGCUCUCUACAGAUGCUAUUCGCAACGCGAACCUCUAUCGCGGGAGCGUUGAUGUUUUUCUGCAUCGCGAGGAGUGUUUGCGCCCAGGUCUACCGGAACAUGUCAUCGUCGAGCCUCCCCGGGUUGUAUUCCGUGGCCUACGUCACCGUGCCGAACGACACGGUGGCAAAAAAUUUAGCGCGUGGCCUGGUAGAAAAUAAACUCGCCGCCUGUGUCAACAUCAUCCCACAACUUCUUUCCAUAUACGAAUGGGAGGGGAAGAUACAAGAGGAUCCUGAACUUUUAUUGAUGAUAAAAACUAGGACAGAGAAAAUAGAUGCUCUAACAAAAUAUGUGAAAGAUAAUCAUCCCUAUACAAUUUGCGAAGUGAUUUCCCUGCCUAUACAAAAUGGAAAUGGCGAUUACUUGAAAUGGAUUGGAGACGUAGUGCCAUCACUUGAUACAACUCAAGAAAUGUAAGAUAUAUAAAUUCAAUACAGGAAAUUCACUAUUGUGUAUAUCAUUUCCCUUUUAAAAUUAUUCUACAAUUAAUCCUAUAUUUCGAUAUUAUUCUAUAUUCUAUAUAAUAAAUAAAGAACAAUCCACAAUAACUUGAACAUAAUAAUCUAAAGGCAGUAUAUAGAAUGUAUAAAUGUGUGAAAAGUUUCUUGUUAGAAUGUGAGAUGUCUUUCUUUGUCUAGAAUACUGAUAAUUAAAUAUGUUAUAAUAGAUCAAUCAAUCAAAGUGUCUACAUUGUAUGUAUACAUAUUAUUAAAAUAUAAUUAACAAUAUCACAUCA